UUAAUAAAAUUGUGGAACCCACUCCUAAAAACCCUCUUCACAUUGAAAAUGACAAUGACCUUUAGGCUAUUGUCUCUAGCCGUCGCUUUAUUGGCCGUAACCGCCGUAUUCGCGGCCGAUCCUCCACCACUUGCCGGCGCGCUGAUAUCUAAUGGCGAUAAGAGCUCAACCUCUCCUUCCCCCGCUGCCACCGGUUCACCAAAAUCAACCGCAUCCGCCCCAACCUCGCCGCCAACGGCUUCUGCUCCGACCACCGCCAAGAAGAACCCCACCACCACUCCCAGCGCUUCCCCGGCUUCAGGUGGUGCAAAGCCUCCUAAAUCUUCGUCGCCCAAAUCUCCGGCUUCAAGCCCCGACUCAAGCUCAGGCGAUAACUCGGAAGGUCCCACCAACUCGUCCGAAGGACCCACUAGCUCAUCCGAAGGUCCCACCAGCUCGUCUGACUCACCCUCCACCUCGUCUCCACCAGCUCCGACACCAGACAUGUCUCCGUCGUCAUCCGCCGACGAAGAAAACACCAGCGAAGGCCCUGAAGCUUCAGCUCCGACGGGAAGAGCCUCCUCGCUCGAGCUCUCAGUCUCCGGAUCUGCUCUCGCCGCCGUUGCAUGGUUCUGCUUUGUAGGAUUGAAAAUUUCAUAUUACGUUAUAUUCGUGCAUAGUACGGAGGUUAGGGUUUGAUGUUGUAAUAAAUGUUUAGUUUGUGUUGUUUAUGAUUAACUGAUCAUGUAAUCUUAGUCGCUAUGUAGUAAUUAUAACCAUUAAAUUCUUAUGGUUAAAGGAAUUGUUUCAGAUAGAAUGUUGGAUAUAUUUUCAUAUAAAAAUAUUUAGAAUAAUCAUAUAUAUAAGGGACAUCUAAUGUAUAUAUGGUUUUGUGUUGUUUUAGUUAUCAGAUACGAACAAUUGCAUAUGAAAACAUACAACUGGUUAGAAACACCCUAACAAAUAUUCUAGAAAUAGUUUUAUAGAGAGAAAAAGAAUUAGCUGACAUGUACUCACAUGGGUAAAUAUAAAAACAAAAACCGUAACCCUAUUCAACUCACCUAAUAAACACUUAACCAAAUAAGUCCAUCUCCCUUGCAAGUUUAUUUUUAUUUUUUAAUUCACCUACAAUUCUCCUUGAAGAUUUUAUCGAUCUGCUCUGUGAACCUCACAUUCAGUUGGCCAUAAGUGAAUGAAUCCAAAUAUUUUAUAUAUUACUUAUAAUAUUUUUUUUGUUUUUCUAAUUUGAGAUUUUUUUAUACCAUUCCUCGAGAUAAUGAUUUCUUAGUUAAUAUAUUACUUAAAAUUCAGUUAGCUCUUAUUCUAACUAUCUUGAUCGAAUUAAUCAUUCUUUGAAUCAUCAAUUAGUAAGACGAUCAACAAUAUUUCCGAUCGGAUUAAUAAGACAGGUUGUGGAACGAAUUUGAUAUCAUGUUAAGUUUCCUAAAUCCCACAAGAUCAGAGGAUUAAUAUCAGCAUCUUCAACUAUAAACCAUGGGAAGCAUUUUUCCUUGUGUUUCUUGUCUUGAUUCUAACCAUCGCUAAUGGAAGAUUAGCAGCUGAUACUGAUAAACCUCUUUGUUCCGAAAACAAAUCACCAGCAGACAAAUCUACAAAGAGCUUGAUAGAUAUAGCCUUGGCCCGUCUCAAGGUUAUCCCGAUUAUGAAAUCCCUAAGCAACUUGCAGCGGACGGUGUCGAGAUGGUGGGUGAUUACGUGCCCAUUAGCCCUAGCGGAGGAGUAGCGGUCCUGAUAUCAAGCAUCAGAAGCUUCAGCUUCCGGCCCAGAAUAAUAUCAGUUAUUAUUCGGCCUUUAUUUUUCAAAAUUCUUUCAUAGCCUGGUAGUAUAAGUAGUAGUAAUGGUGUCCAUGAAGGCUUGAGUUCAAAACCACUCCUCUAUAAAUCACUUUUAUUACCUUUAAUAUUUUAAACAUAUUUAUUACCGGCUCAUAAUUUUAUUUGGGGCUUCUUGUCCUAAUACUUACCGGGCCGGCACUGCGGAGGAGAAGACAAUGUUUGCACAACCCGAAGCGGAUAUGAAUGUCAAAACCACGCCAUCUAGCUCCACCUCUAGAAUUUCUUCAACCGUUUUGUCUGUUGUUGUUGCUGCGGUUGGAGAAGCCGGUUUAUUUUUCUUUUGAAACGGUAGAGAUCGAAAAUGUUGUUGGAUUAACCCUAUGGCCUAUAGAGUGUUGUGGCUUUUUAUUUGGUAACAAAAGUUACAUAUAUUGAUGGCUACUAAUUUUUUAGGAAUUCAAACUAGGAUUGGGAAUUUUAAUCAAAACAUGUAGGUCCUACCUUGUUUGGCCUGCUGCGGAUCGUGUGAGUCAACCUAUUUGAAAUUUUUGAAUUGCGAAUACGGAUUGAACUUAUUUUAAACAGAACAAGUGAAAAUCAACCGGAUUUGAAUUGCGUGCGGGUAUAUUCCAACCCGUAAAUUUAAUUAAUUUUUAAAUAUUUUUUAAAAUAUAUAUAAAAUAUUGAAAAUAUUUAUUAUAUUUUAAUUAUAAAUAUAUAUAUUUUAUAUGAUUGUUUUAAAAUAAUACUAUAUAAUUUAAAUAUUUAUUUUUAUCAUAAGUAAUAAUACCAUGAGUCCUGAGGGUUUCAUGCAAAUUUUGAUGGAUUGGGUGUGGUUAUAGUAAGAAACAGAGUUGGACAGGACAAAACUGCCCUUUAAGAAGCACAUAUAUAGAUAGACAAGAGAUUAUUUUGCCAUUAUUUAAUGUUUACCGCAAAAUAACUAAGAUAUGAAUUUAUUUAUUUUCAGUGCGAUCAUAUUUGCCAUUUUACCUUUUUUUAAUACACAGAUAGGCCUGAUAUAGAAAACAACACCGCUAUACUUUUAUUAAUCAAAUUCAAAAGAAACGUUUACAACGAACAUAAGAGGAACAAUGAAGCAAAAGGGCCAUUAAACAAAUGAAGCAAAAGGGGAAAGAACUUGCAGAUUACACACACAACCCCCAUAAUACAUUGUUGCAUGAGAACGUGACGUUCAUCAUUUUAUUCAACCCAAGAAAAUCACAAAAGCAAUCACUGAUUAUAAGAAACAAGAAAACUACGCAAUAAGUUCAAGACUUUGAAACCAUACGAUAUUUCUGUCCUUUAGGUAUGUCUUUAUAUGUCUGAAGUAUUCAAUAGACGCAAUGGUAAGAUGUUGGAGUUGGUCGGCCACAAACAUUGAGGAGUACGUUGAGAAAGAUGGGAAGGUUAAUUGAGGUGAUGCCAGGAAUGUCAACUUUGAGUGCGCUACAAAGACAGGCUGCAGCCUCAAGGUCAACCAAGCCAUGAAUGAGUGAGCAGCAUGGCGGUACAGAUCGGUUUCCCAAUGUUAGUUCAACUACAUUGAGAACAUUAGCGCAUAGACUGAUCUGCAGGGAAUCUUUAGGACAAGAGCCUUGAGCAGAAGUGUAAGUGAAAAAGAGGAGGUUCAGGGAAAGGAAGAGUGCAAGAGAGAUUCUUGGAGCCAUUUGUUUGUGUACCGGGAAAAACUCUAAAACAAAAGCUCAGGAAGUGGUAGUGUGUUUAUAUUUUUUGAGAAGGGUGGAGAUAACUUAUGGGGUUUUAGUGGGUAUUUAUAGAAUUUUCUGUAGGGGGGAAAUUAGUUGACUAAAUUAUUCAUAUUUAUGAAUUAUGAGUCGACUAUAUUAAGUAGACUUAACGGUCAUUUUCUGAACUAAUUAUGAGCUACCAUUUUUGUGUAUAGCUGAUCUACAACUCUUGCAAGCGUUGAAGGACAAGGAGGCACGAAACGAGGUGAUAGAAAAGUCAAACAAGGACGUUGCGAAGUAAAAUGCUGCAAUCAAAGCUCAGAAAGAGGAACUUUUAAUGAUUUAAUGAUUAUCACCAUUAUUCUAAAGCAUUAUUGUCUACGCCUAAUCUCCCAUGACGACAAAUUGAUGGCUUCGUUUAGCAUAUAUUCAUGCCGUAUAGGACUAAUUUUUUUUUUUUGGUAAAAGUAUAGGACUAAUUAUAUCCGCAUGUUGUGAAUAAUAUAUAUUAGUAACUUUCAACGAGAGUAAUAAUGCAAUGAAAGUUACAUAAAACAUUAUUUAAUAAUCAGUUUUAGGGUUUAAGAACUCGUAGAUUAAAGAUAAAUGGAAUAAAAAAAGAUCUUUGAGUUUCCAGAGUCGUCGAAAUGCCAGGGCUGUCUUGAAUUAUUAGUUCGUUCUUAUGGGUUUGAAAUAAAAUUUAAAAAUAUAAGAUAGUAACAAUUUAAGUUUAGUUUGUCUCUGGUUUUCGAAAGUUUCAUAUAUUUUAUGAAUACUUGUACGGCCAACUACAACUUCUUUUAGCAAUAAUAUUAAUUGUACCAAAUGCAAGUUUUGAAAAUACAGGCAUUAGGCAAGCAUGUUCAGUAUGAUUGAUAUAGUUUAAUAAAAAUCGUUAGAUCCAAUCCUAUUAUAUAUAAGGUGUUAUAUAACGAUCAAAUUAUCGAUGUUAUUCAUCAAUACAAAGAAGGCAUACUAUAAUUAUUAAACAAAAACUGAUUUAACAUUCGCACCCAUAAAACAGAAACAAAAACUUGUUCCAAAGCUAGAAUUCAAAAUUAUCUCUAAGAAAAAAUUUAAACAUAAAAAAUCUAUCUAAAAUUAGCCUAAAAAAGGCUUAAAUACAAUAGAUAUAAGUGAAAAUCACGUUAAAGACAAAUUUAAGCAAAACUAAACCAAAAAUAAAGAAACAAAACAAUUAUUUUUCUCGUAUUUAACCAGUAGACUGAAUAGUAUUCAGUGUAACGCUCAUAACCUUCAACAUAGCCAUUUGAUCAACCUCAAACUAGUGACAUUAUAAGUCUAACUCAAUUCUCUAACCUAUUACAUAUGAAAGAAAUUGAGCUCAGGCACAUAAUGCGAAGUCUUCAAUCCAUUUAUAAACUUCUAACGUUUUUUUCACAAUUCAACACCUUUAAUUGCUCAGCUGCACUCAAUUCGAUAUUUUAUGUUUCUAAUCAGCCUAAAACCUAAGAAGAAUCAAUAAAAGACUAAAAGACUCUACAAACACACAUUGACUCGAUAAAAGACUCCAAAUAGUUGGAAACCGGUAAUUAGAUCGUUUAUAACUCUUUAAAACUUAAACAUUUGUUUGUGCUCGAGUAAAACAUCAAGCAAAGUAUAAGGAAAAGGUUUGAAAAUAUGAGAACACAUUUAUCAUUUAGAACAUCGCGUUACCAUUACAAGUUGCAAUUCACAUCAAAAACACCAAUCUUUGAAGGUACUUCCAUGUAUUUGACCUCCAUUUAGUAAUGUAACCAUUUUCAACCUACAACUCAUAAGAGUUCUCCAAAUUCUCCACCAAUCUCAUCUAAGAUUAAGUUGUGCAUUAUCAUCAAGGGAAUCUCGAUCAAAGGACACAUGGAUUCUUAUUCGGUCAGUUUUCUGAUUACACAUAGAGUCUUACAAUUGGUUUCUUUCCUUUCAUUCUUUUUCUCAUUUCUCUCAGGCGAGUCUCACUAUCUUUCAGAGAGUUAAUUUAUUUUUUCGAUUGAAAGAGUUUGAGAGGCUUCCAUGAGACGCGAGCACUGAUGAGAAUAAGAACCAGAUUCUCGGUUCACUUAUCUUAAUAUAUAAAAGUCAUAAUUGUAUCCAUUUGUUUUGUAUUUUUGAUUAUUAAAUUUUAAAUAGUUUACAUGAAAUGAAUUUUAAUUACACUAAAUAAAAAAGAAUAAAUAACAAUAAAUAUAGUAUACUACCGUAUAAGUAUAUUACGAUAUUUCAUAAAUAUUCACCUAAUAUAUAUAAAUAUACUAUGAUCUUCUGAUAUAUAUUAAUUUUAUUUUAUCUAAGUAACAUCCAAUUAGUUUAUUUUGAAUUCUCAUAAAUAAGUUUGCAUCAAAUUGAUUUAUUUAGUAUUUUACUUAUUUGAUUCUAAAUACAUCUCGAAACAUCAAAAUUUUAUUGUUUUCCAAGAAUUUAAUUAUAUUCUCCUUAAAAUAGCAUUUAUAUAAAUACUUUUUUUUUGCUUAUAGAAAUAUAUACUGUUUCAUCUUUAAUGAAAAUUAGGGUCUGUCAUGAAACAGUUUAUGUACAUUCUUUACGUACUUUUCCAACAGCAGUUUUGGUUUGGAGAACGUACGAUCAGAUUAAACCCGAUUAAUAUACAGCUCAGAUAAGUACAUGCCAUUAUUUAAUGUUUACCGCAAAAUAACUAAGAUAUGAUUUUUUUUUAUUUCAGUGCGUCAUAUUGCCA